UAAGUUUGCAUAAGAUUAUACGCAGAUGUACGCCGUAGUAUAAUUAUUGUUAAACGACUCAAUUAUUCGAAUAACCUACGUCACGGACCGAAAGCUCGAAUACUCGAGAGGAGGGAGUGCGAUUUCGUCGCUGUCCUUUUCACACGUUGUCGUAUGAAACCGUCGACUAUACGCUAUAGAUCGCAACAUAAACGAUUCCCAUCGAGCGCCUAAUAUAUAAUAAAUUAUAUUAUACACUACGUAUUGCGUGCUCGCUCGCCUAACCAGCACACGUCGCACAAACGCACAAUAAUUUAACUAGUCGUCGCGAGGACCGGACACCCUUUUUUCAAUAUUCAUUUCAUCGUUAUGCGUGUGCGUGAGCGUGUUUAUUUUAUUGAUAUUAAUAUGAUGCGUAAACCUAACACAACUCACAGUAACCAUCGGGUGGAAUAACUGUCCCACGCGAGAAAACCGACGGUGAUUGCGCGAGGUCACGUACAUAAUAAUAUUACCGGAUAUUUUAUACCAGACUUUCCACGGUACCGUGUAAUCCGUCUUCAUGGUGCACAAACGUAAAAUGCUGCGGUGGUCCGCCACCUCACAAUUCCUCGUCGCAGCCGUCGCGUUGUUCGCCGUCUUUCGCUGCUGCGGCUGUUCGACGCCGAUCUGCAACGUACACGAUGACUACUAUGAAGACCUCCACGAUGACGGGCCACUGUACUUGUCGCCCAUGAUACGUGACGGCCGAAUCGACGAGGCGCGGGCCGCUUGUAAAGUGAACCUGAACAACAACACGGCCGCGGUGGAUAGUUGCGCCGGUUACCUGACCGUGGACGAGGCCCACGAUUCCAACUUGUUCUUAUGGUUCUUCCCGGCCGCGAGCGGCAAUCCGGACGCGCCCGUCGUGCUGUGGUUGCAGGGCGGACCGGGCGCCAGCAGCCUGUACGCGGUGUUCAACGAGCACGGCCCCUUUACGGUAAACGAGGACGGUGACCUGUUGCCACACCGGCACACGUGGACGGCCACGCACUCGAUGCUGUACGUGGACAACCCGGUGGGCGUGGGGUACAGCUUCACCGGCGACGAUGCGGGUUACACCACCAACCAGACGGCCAUCGCCGAGAAUCUGUACGCCGCACUGGUGCAGUUCUUCGAGCUGUACCCCGAGUACCGGGACAACGAUUUCUACGUGACCGGCGAGUCGUACGCGGGCAAGUACGUGCCGUCCGUGUCGUACGCCAUCCACCAGAACAAUGCCGGGGCCCGAGUCAAGAUAAACCUCAAGGGACUAGCCAUCGGCAACGGAUUUAUCGACCCCGUGAACCAGAUGGUACUCCCCGAAUUCUUGUACGAGCGAGGACUCAUCGACAUUACGAAAAGACUGCAAAUGGAACAAAUGGAUAACGAGACCCUAGAGUUGAUCGCUGCGGGCAACUGCAGCGGCGCGUUCGAUGCGAUGUACAUGUCACAGUACAGCACGUUGGACCAUAUGCAAUACAUCGAAAACGUGAUGUGGAGAAACGACCCAAUACCGUACAAGGCCGGUUACUGGUAUCAGUACGUGCAGCUCACGUCGGUUCGGGCCGCACUGCACGUGGGCAGGUGCCCGUGGUCGGGCUUUGAGGAGGUUUUAGAGCGGAUGAAGUGCGACAUACCACUGUCCGUGGCCCCGCGGCUAUCCGCGCUCCUGGAAACCGGCCAGUACCACGUGCUCCUCUACUCCGGGAAGCUUGAUGCGAACGUGCCGUAUCAGGGCUCAGUGAACGUGGCCAAAGCGCUCCGGUGGAGUGGUGCUGAACGGUUCAGGAACGCGAAUAGUACGGCCUGGAUGGUGCCCGUGCGCGACUGUCAGAAGCGGUGCAAUACCACCGAGUCGGCCGGUUAUGCGACCACUUACGGUCCACUCACGGUACUGCUGAUCAGGAAUGCUGGCCACAUGGUACCGUAUGACCAACCGAUGUUGGCCCACGACAUGAUCGACCGGUUCACGUCCGGCAAACAGUUUGACUGAAAAUCAGCUACGACACGGCGCAUCGUUGCACUAUAAUAUAAAAGUAUACAAACAAUGAUUUAUUUUGCUGAAGUAACGACGUCACCUCCCUCCCGAAUAUUGCACAAUAAAUCUAAAUAUUAUAAUUAUAUAUAGGUCCCUAUAUAUAUACAUUAUUAUUUAUUAUUAGGAUGGGUGGUCAUGUCGCUCACCCCACUUCAUCGUGAAAAUUUGAAGCGACAACACAAUAACAAUAUAACGUUAAAGUUUCGUUGUAUGUACUAUUCAAAUUAAGAUUAACGUAUACAUUGAAUAUUAUUGUUUGCCCAUUUCACGAAACGAAAUAACUGUGUGUGGAAUUAUAAACGCUUUCGUUGUAUUGAAAAUUAUCUCUAUAUAUCUUUUUAUUAAUAAAUAAAUUUAUAAAUAUAUAAUCUUGUACUUUUUAAA